GUUGUCGAAGUCAACCACAGUCUUCAGUACUCAAGUGCAGAGUACCCGUUGCGCCUCGUCUCGCAAGCCAGGGAGCACCUAUUCGACGAUCAAUCAUGGACUCGUACGAAGAAUCCAAUGUGCCCUUUCUGCAGGAUCUCAAAGACGACUCGAUCGAAAGAGCCGUGGCCCGUGACAAGCCGGUUUCGAACUCCAAGAAGCUUGUCUGGUGGACCUUUUGCACCCUGGUUCUCAUCGUAUCAAACGCGUUCACCUUUUAUGGUGCUCGAGUCUACCGACACAGUCAAUUAGACAGGGUGUGCACUGCCCACACGUCACAGAGCUGGAGCCCCGUGGAGCAAGACGUAGAAAUCCAUUACAACAGCAGGCGGUUCAAUGCAUCUUUCUACAAGGAGUCCAUCUAUCGACAACCCGCGAGUCCCGAAGUCGACGCGGCGUGGGAGGAGCUGGGCACGGAACUCAAAGGUAUUGUCCUAUCGGUCGACGAGGCCAAAAGGUCUGGAUUAGAGUUGGAUCGUGUCAUGGUGGGAGAGGACUAUGGAGGCCCUGGAUAUGUGGCAUUUGUGGAAGUAACGCAUCAGAUCCACUGCUUGAACCUUUUACGCCGAGGCCUCUGGUUCAACCACGAGUACUACCAGUCCAACAAUAUCGCCGAAUUCGCGGACGGGGAUCGUAUAGUCAAACUCCAUAUUGGGCAUUGUCUCGACACACUCCGCCAGGCUCUCAUGUGUAGCUCUGACACCGGCCUCCUUCCCUUCGUCUGGGUCGGUAACCCUCCGAAACAAUUCCCCGACUUCUUCCGGGAACACAAAUGCCGAAAUUUCGAGCCUAUCCUGGACUUUGCAAAGAGAAGAGAGGUGAAGGCGUUGGAGCAUAUGAAAGCAGUUCCGCAUAAAGGGGCUUUGAUUCUGGACGACUUUCCAUGACGGCGAACAGCGUAAAUGGGGCAUUUAAAAUGGCGUUCGUCGGGCAUCUAACACUGCCAAUUGAGAUAUGGUUUCUGGAUUGGAUAGAUGGACUUGUCGCAUCGGGAAGCCCUGGAGUCCGCGGAAUUAUUGGUCGACGAGUCACGGACUGGGCCUCUUGGGUGAUUGCUUGAAGCUCGAGUCGCCGGCGAACACUUUUCUUCCAGUCGACAUACCUUGGUGAGAAACAGCGGUCAAAGCAACAGCCGAUGCAGCCCAAUGGCGGAUUGCAGGCCGUCGAUUUAUACGGCGGCUUUGCGCGGAUAUUCAAGGAAUCAAUUCCUCGAAAGAGGAAUUGCCGACCAUAGAGCAAAGAGAGUGAGAGACAAGAGAGAGGGAAAGGACAGUCAUGUGCACGAGCAUAACAUUUGUCGAUGAAAGUCUGGUAUAUUCUCAACAA